AUGGACGUCACGACCAAGCCCCACCAAGUCCCUCCGGCGAUGGCCGUUUACGCUGAGAAACACAACAUCUUCCAGCUCAUGCAAAGCCUGAUGGAGGACCUCCUGGUGUAUCAGCCUGAGAACCCCAUCGACUUCAUGAUUGCCCACCUGAAGAGGGACAACGACGACGUGCCCAAGAUCUUCGUCGUGGGGCCUCCGGCCUCUGGGAAGACGACCAUCUCCCGCUGGAUCUGCAAGCACCUGAGUGCCACGUACCUCUGUCCGCAGGACCUCCUGCGCAGCAAGCUUCUCAAGAGAUCCAGCGAGGCCAUGGCCUUACGGGAUCAAAAGAAGCACAUCCCCAACGAUCUGUGGGCCGCCCUCCUGGAGGAGCGCUUGAACGACGUGGACUGCAUCAAGCUGGGCUGGGUGCUGGACGGUUUCCCCGAGACAAGGGACCAGGCUCUGAUGCUGCAGUCCACGGGCAUCGCCCCCCGGCAUGUGGUGGUCCUCUCCGCACCAGACACCGUGUUGAUGGAGAGGAACCUGGGCAAGCUGCUGGACCCACUCACCCAGGAGGUCUACCACACCACCUUCGACUGGCCGGUCGACUUCUCCGUCCAAAAGCGCCUGGUGAGGCCGGAGGGCGUCUCGGCGCCAGCCACGGCCAAGCGCCUCCUGGAGAGCCACCGCAACCUGCCCGGCAUCAUCCAGGCGUACGAGGGGUGCCACAAGGCCAUCAAUGCUGACCAGCCCUGCGUGGACGUCUUUGCCCAGGUUCUGAAUUUCGUGCAGAGCCGCCCGUACUCGGAUGCCCCCUUCAGUCCCCGAGUGCUGCUCCUGGGUCCACCCGGCUGUGGCAAGAGCCUGCAGGCCGCUCUGCUGGCCCAGAAGUACGGGCUGGUCAACAUCUUCUUUGGCGACUUGCUACGGGAAAAGGUGGCCGCCAAGACGGCGGUGGGUGACCUCAUCAAGCCCUUCUUUGAGAGCGGCUACCCUGUGAGAGACACCAUCGCUCUGAGCGUCCUGAAGGACCGGCUGUCUGAGCAGGACUGCCUGACCAACGGCUGGGUGCUGCACGGCUUCCCCCGCGACGUGGACCAGGCGGACCUCUUCCGGCACACGGGUUUCGAGCCCAACCGGGUCUUCUUCCUCAACCUGCCCACCGAGGUGGCCUUGCAGCGCAUCUGCCAGCGGGCCACCGACCCUGUCUCGGGGGAGAGGUACCACACCAUCUUCAAGCCUCCGGCCAACGAGGAUGUGCACCAGCGCCUGAGGCGGAACCCCAAGGACGCUCCCAGCCUGGUGGAGAAGAAGGCAGACAUCUACAACCGGCAGGUGACAGACCUGGAGGAGUACUACGAGGACGCCAUCUUCCUGAACGCUGACCAGGACCCCUACACCAUUUUUGAGCACAUCGAGAGCUUCCUGGUCAGGCCACUGCCCGUCCAGAGGAAGUGA